AUGUACGAAAUUGCCGACAAAUAUGAAGUCACUGGGCUCAAGGAGCUGGCAUGCAAAAACCUCGCGCUUGCUUGCUUAGCUUUCUGGGACGACGAGGAUAGAGGCUUGCGAGACGUCAUCAUCAAGAUCGUCUCUGGCCACGACUCACUCGUACGCAAGGCGGAGAUUCAGGCUGUAAUGCUAGAGCACAGUGACUUGGCUGUAGGCGUUCUACUGAAGAAGGCGGGCUAG